ACUCCCGAACUUUUAAUCAGAGAAACAUCGACAAACCGUUUUAUUCUCUUCAGCAAUGAGUAACAGAGUCAUUUUACCGGCCGUUUCAUCAAGAUCUGCGCGUCAUCUUGCCAGAUCUUGUAACGGAUCGGCACCGGGCAGUUUUAGCUCUGGGUUCGAUGACUUUACCGAACCGCUUCUUCAUGGAACUAGCUUUGAAGGUUCAGUCCACUAUCAAUCGAUUUAUGAUUCCUCUGAGUUCAACGGUAGCCAGAGAAAUCGCAUCGAAGUCAUGAGAAAACGACUCAAAUCGCACUUUAUGACUCCGUAUCAAAAAUACAAGAAUCGUGGAAGGAAACCGUGGAAGCUUUUGUUGCAACUGCUCAAAUUGAUCAUGGUUACUGUCCAGGUGUUCCUUUAUGCCUCCGAGCUUUUCUCAGUUGUCACCUUUAAGUAUGAUAGCGAGCAAGCAUUUAAUUAUUUGUUCCUUCUCAACCCCAAUCAAUCAGACUACUCCAUCUACACAAAGAAUCAGUUUUACUCUCAAAUCCGUCACACUGUGAGACAGUAUUAUCAAAUCCAAGACAUUGCUGUCGGGACCUUCGGGUUUCGGGAAAAAGGUGGUGAGGUUAAUCCACCACGCUUUUGUACGUAUCAGUAUACCAACAGUUCCAUGGACCCAGAAGAAGAAUCUUAUUAUUUUUCAAGGCAGACAAGCUAUUCUUGCCAUUCUAUGUUAAAGACAAAGGCAUCAGAUCAAAACAUCACAUACUUUUUGAAAAGAAAUAAGCUUCCUGAAACAUUUGAAGGCAUUAUAAGUAUUACUCUGAACGUUGAACUGCAUUCUCUCCAUGUGCAAAAGCCUCCCAGAAAUCCAGCAUGUUACUUUUUCAAUAUUACUAUACAAUUUGAUAACAGUAACCAUGAUGGAAAGGUGCCUGUCACAUUGACUUCUGAUGGAAAGAAGGAUAACUGCUCUGCUAGUAAUUUAACACAUCUAAGAUUUGAAGGUUCUCAAGAAUCCAAAACACUGCAUAUAUUUGUGGACAUUUUGACAAUAAUCUUGUGCAUUCUCUCAGUAACUCUUUGCUCGCGUUCAAUCUUCCGCCACUUGCAGCUUGUGAAGGCAACCCGAAGGUUCUUUUCUCAAGAAAUUGGAGACCACCUGUCCUGGUACGACUGUUUGGACCUUAUGAACUUGUGGUUUGUGUUGAUUGCAAUCAGUGACACCUGUGCUAUCCUUGGAUCCGCGAUGAAAUUUCUGAUCGAUGUUAAUUGUACGCAAGAGAUAUACGAUCUUUGCAGCAUAUUCCUUGGGGUUGCAGUUUUGCUGACAUGGUGUGGAUUGUUAAGAUACCUCGGUCAUUUUAAGAAGUACAAUAUUCUUUUGGUUACACUCAAAGCUGCGGCACCCAGCGUGCUACGUUUUACCGUGUGCGGUUCAUUAUUGUACUUUGGUUUUCUCUUCUGUGGUUGGAUCGUUUUAGGACCUUAUCAUGAGAAGUUUCGCAACUUGUGGACCGUAUCAGAAUGCAUGUUCUCGUUGAUCAAUGGAGACGACAUGUUCAUGACGUUUGCUGAGAUGGAUCGAAAGAGUUACGCCGCCUGGGUAUUCAGCAAGAUUUACCUUUACACCUUCAUCUCGUUGUUCAUUUACGUGGUCCUCAGUUUGUUCAUUGGUAUCAUCAGCGAUACAUACGAGAGAAUGAAGGAUUGGGGCCACCCUCCUUGGACGAAGCUACAGCGAUUCGUGCAUGGUAGUAACUGCCAGCGGUGUAACACAGAAUACAGAGAUCAAGCUGGAGAGAACGAUGAUUUAACAGGGGGAACAUCAGACUAGGAUCUCACUAGUUCAAACACAUAAAAACAACAAAAUCAAAUUUACGAAAUGAUGUACAUAGUAUUGACAAGAAGCAUGGCUUUUAUUGGAAUCUAAUUUGAUGUAUCAAUUUUACAGUGACCCAAAUUAAGUUAUAUUUUUUUUCUAAGGAAUCGUUGUUGACAAUCCCCUUUCUGCCUGUUCAGCCCUGGUGUAAAAGAUAAACAAUUUUGAUUGGAAAUUGUUUUAUCCAAAAAGUACAAAUAAUCUGUUUCGGAUGUCAUAUGAAAUAUUUUAUGGUAGCCAAAAGUUCAGAAUACAUCCUAUUCCAGGCGUUAAAUCAAGCAGAGGCAGAGAAGGAUCGCUCUCUCUUUGUUAACAAAGUAAAUAUGAAAGCAGGAACAAAUAAUUAAAGGGGAUUCUUAUUUCUGUUUGCAAUUUUUUUCUUACCAAAUAAAAUUUUCAGACAGAAACUUAACCACA